AUGGAAUGGGGUAAAGAAAAGGAUAAAGAGAGUAAUAGUAAUACACCAUCAUCGACAUCAGUGUUUGGUGUAGCAGCCUUUUCAACAACUGCACCAACUAUAGGACAACAACAACAAUCGACAGCAGCAUUAUCACCAACUCUAGUAGCACCGUCAUCUAUAUUUGGGUCUACAUCUGCAUCUGUAUUUGGUGGAGCUGCAGGUGGCACAACAAGUGCGUUUGGUGGAGCAACAAGUGCAUUUGGUGGUACAAGUGCGUUUGGAGCAGUCUCACCAAAUGUUACUGCAACCACUACUACAGCAGCGGUAUCAUCUGUAUUCUCAAAACCAUCAUUUGGAUUAUCAUUUGACUUGGAUUCAAAUAAUAAUCAUAAUACAACUACAACAAAUAAUGGUACUACUACCACUACUACAACUACUAGUAACGGAUUAUCUUCACCAAAAGGAACAACACCAUUAAAUGCAUUUGCAACACCAUUUAAACCAAAACCAACCCCAAAACCUUCUACACCUACAACAACAGGAGGAAAAGGAAAAUUUACAAAUACUAUUCAUGUAUCUAAACUACCAAGAGUUCUUCAUGGUCAAACAAUCAAAGAAUUGAAACAAGAGUUGAGAAGUCACUUUGAUAAAUAUGGUAGCAUCAAAGAAUUUAAUUUAAUAGAAUUACCCUUUCCAUAUCUAGUUGUCUCUUUUAAUACGGUGGAAGAAGCAUCAGAAGCUUUAAAAAAAGGAAGAUCGUUUAAAAAUUUUACUCUUAUUGUUAAACCUUAUAUAGAUCCAGAUUCUCCAUCUCCUUCCUCUUCUCAUACAACUACUUCAUCACCAUCUGUUGAAUUAAAAUCACAAGAAGAAUUAUUAAGAAAUAGAUUAAAAGGACAUUUACUUCAAAACAAUAAUAAUAAUAAUAAUAAUGUUAAAUUAGUUAGUAAUAUACCUUUACCACAAAUAAUAUUACCAGAUACAACAUCAACAAAUGAAAAUUAUGACAAUGAUAAUGAAGAAAAUGAAAAUGAACUAGAUGAUGAAAUAGAUGAAAUAGAUGAAAUAGAUGAUAAAGAACAAGAUGAAGAAGAAGAAAAGGAAAUUGGAGUAAAAGAAAUUGAAGAAAAUGAAGAAAUUGAAGAAAUUGAAGAAAUAGUAGAUGAUAUUCCUACACCUAUUUCCUUUUUACCAAAAACACCAACUACUCCAACAACAACGACAACAAAUUUUAAACCAACAACACCAAAUCAUAUAAUAGCAUAUCAAAAUAAUAAUAUAACACCAAAAGUUAAUUUAAUUGGAACAACACAUCAACCAAUAACAAAAUCGAUAGAUUCAGAGACUGGACACAAGGUAGGACUUUGUUUGGAAUUUUGUCCACCAAAAGAAAAAAGUCAUAGAGAAUCAUCGGGCGACAUUAAUACGUUGGAGAAAUUGGAAAAUGGUGAACUUCGAUUGGUUAAAAAGUACAAAAGAAACGUUGCCGAAGAGUAUACUGAAAUCCCACCAGAAGAGAUCCGUCCACCUCAUAUUCUCUCACAGGUAAUGAGUCAUUUGACACAUUAUGUGGUCGAUAGAAAGGGAAUUGCCUUUACAGAGAUUCAAAACUUUAUUCGUGAUCGUUCGAGAUCACUCAGACAGGAUCUAACAUCACAACAUUCAAAGGGAUCGGUAUCGAUUGAUAUCCAUGAACGAUGUGUUAGAUUCCACAUUGUAUCACAUCACUUUCUCUGCGAACAUCCUGAAGAGGAAUUCAACCAAUUCCAAAACUUGGAGCAGAUGAACAACUGUCUCACCAGUCUCAAACUAUUCUAUGACGAUCACUACAAAAAACACAACUGUGUCUCACCCAAUGAAGCAGAGUUUAGAAGCUACUAUAUUCUAAACCUCUUGGAACAACAAUCCGAUCUAGUGUCGUUCCUCAUCUCGAUUCCCCAAGAGAUUCGGUCGCAUCCUCUGAUCACCUAUGUCAUGGAUUUGUCAUUGACGGUCGACGAUGCCUCAGAUCAAGUAAACUUUAGAUAUCUCGAUACCAGCACCAAGGUUGGUCCCACCGUCUCUCAAAUCAUCCUUGGUCGUGCUCCAAAAACUUUCCAACAAGUCAUCGAUGUCCCUGAACCAGUUCAACAAUCCUACCUCUUAUUUUCAAAAAAUGAACAUCCCUCUUUACCUUCAACUCCCCCAAUUACUUCAAAUCAACAACAUCAACAACAACAAAAUAUAAUUAAAAAACAAGAACCAUCUAAACAACCAACAAUAUUGGAAAAGAAACCAACUACCACGGCUACAGUUAUCGAUACAACGUCGGCGAUUGUGAAACCACCUAUAACAAAUAAUAAUAAUAAUAUUUUUUCACCAUCAUUCACUUCAACCAUUUCACCUACUUUACCAACAUCAUCAUCAACAACAACAACAAAUACAACGUUACCAUCAAAUUCUACAGUAUUUGGAGCUCAACCGAGUAAUGGAACAGUUUUUGGAAAUCAAUCAACAUCUAUUUUUGGACAAAAACAAAAUAUAUUUGGAUCAGAGCCAACAACAACAACAAAAACAACUCCACAAUUACCUGUUGGUUUAUUUGGAACAACAACAAUACCAAAGAAUCAGGAAGAAAAAACACAAUCAAAUGGUAUACAUUUAAAUGAUACCAGUAGUAUUGGAGUUGCAUCACUUUUCCCUCCACCAGAUUUGACACCAUUAAAACCAGAAACAAAUCCUAAAAGUUCAACACCACCCAUCAUCACUAAUAAUAAUUUAACACCAACACCAACGCCACCAAAACAAACAACAACAACAAAACUACCUGAUUUAUUUAAAAUUCCAUCAGAAUUAAAUAGAAGUGGAUCUGGUGAUUCAAAUCAAUCAUUUACACCAAUGGCUAUUGGUAAAACUCCAAUGGCUCAAACACCAAAUGAAUCACCAAUGCAUGUCUCUGAAACACCUUUUGGUCGGUUCCCAUCGGCCAAUAUAUUCCAAACGCCCUCUCCAUCUCCUUCUCCUUCACCAAUGAGUCUAUCAACUCCAUUUGUUAAACCAAAGACAGAUGUAUUGAAAUUCCCUCAUGAUAAAAUUGCUGAAGAAGUUGGUAAACAAAUUAGUAAACAACCAUCACUUUCAUCAUCCUCCAAAUCAACUACGACGACGACGGUUCCAGUUAAACCACAAAAACCUAAAAAAUCACACCAAGAGAAAUCAAAUCGUGCUCUUGUUGGUUAUUUGUUUAGAGAUUGGUUUGUAAAAACAAAACAAUACAAAUCUACCAAAAAUCAAAUCAAGAAAAUUGAAAACCUAGUCAUUACAACAACUCAACUUCAUCCAACAACAUUCAACAAUGAUUUAAUAUUUCAUUCACCUCUUUCUCUAACUAAAAAAAAGAAUCAUCAAAAAGUUCAAUUACAAAAAGAAGAAGAAGAAGAAAUGGAUAGAAAAGAAGAAGAAGAAGAAGAAAAAAUGGAUGAAAUUCAAGAAACAAAAGUUUUACCAAUUAAUAUUGCAUAUUCAAUUUAUCAAGAAUUGUAUAAAAAGAACAAGAAUAAUCCAAAUCCACUUUAUUGGAAAUUACUGGUAGUUUCAACAACAGAUUCAACUCUUUGUCAACUAUUAAGUCAAAAUCAACAAAGACAAGAUUAUACUAUAUCAAAAACCGAACAAUCCUCUGUAGAAUAUAUUUCACUUAAUCAAAAAAGAAAUCAAAUGAAAAGAAAAUUAUCAAAAAAACCAAUCAAUAUUUGUAUACAACUAUAUGGAAAUAAUAAUAACUCUCCAAAAAUAUUUAAAGGAUUAUCAAGUAUAUUAUUUGAAAUUGGUGAAAAUAGUUUAGAAAAUGAUAAAAAGUUAAUUAAUUUAUUACAUUGCAUUUAUCAAUUUGGAUAUCAAAAAAGAAUGCCUUUACUUUUUAUUGGUAGAGUUGCAGAACAAGAAAUUAAACAAUUUAUCCAAAAAAAUCAAGAUCUUUGGGAAAAGACCAUUAGUUUUUGGACAACUUACGAUAUUGUCGUGGAUCAUAAAGACAAUAAUGUACCAAUUCAAAAUAUUGUAAAUGGAUCAUUGGUAUGGUUGGCAGAACAUACACAACCAAUUGAAUCAUUUGAUAUUAUACCAUUGGCAAGCAUCUUGGGUAUUGUAACACACGAUCUAUUCCAAAAUAUGUUCAAGUCUUAUCCAGUGGCAGGUCGUUAUAAAAUGGGUCUCCCUCUUGCUGUCCUUCUUCAACCCAAACAAAUCAUUGACAAGUUUAAUCAGCUCCUCGAUUCACUUGCCAGUUUGCUAACCGAUCCCCAUCUCCAAUCAUCACAUUAUUGGCCCAUCCCAGAGUUUAGUAGUGACCAUCUCCAAUCUUGGAACUCAAACGAAACAUUUACUAAAGUUAAAAAAUCACUUGAAAGCAUCAAAUUACCAAGCAUGGACAAGACUAUUUCAUCUUUGGUUGGUUUAAACUAUUCAAAUAACAACAACAACAACGAAAACAACUGUCAAGAAUAUGAAACGGCAAGAGAAGAACAUCUUGAUAUUUGUAAUCGAUUUAUAAAUUGGAUUAAAUCAUUUGUUCAAGAUUGUCCAGAAAUCCUCAUUUCUCAGGUCACCAAUACCUUUGAAAAUUUUGCAAAGGAGGCCGUGGCUAUUGAUGAAACGGUUUUAUCAUCCACUCUUCACAUCAUUGCUCUACCCUGGCAUUCAAUCUUUGAAAUCAUAUUUUCAUAUCAAAUCUCAAUGAUUCCAACCCUAUUUUCAUCUUAUCAUCCAGAUUUAAUUCAUUUAUUAAAAUCAAAUUUAAAUGAAAAUGAAAAAUCAUCAUCAAAACAAAAACCUUUAGUUGGUAUUAUUCCUUCGUCACCAAAAAUAACAACUAAUCAACAAAAUGGUCACACUAAUAAUAAUAAUAGUAGUAUAAAAUCAACAACAUCAGAAUUAACUUUGGAUGAUUUGGAAUCACCCAUAUUAAAGAGUAAUGGUAAUGGCGCAAAGAUGACGACGACGAUGGGUAAUAAGAAAAGAGAUUCUGAUUUUUCAUUAUCUCAACCAAAUCAAAAACUUUGGAAAUCUUCUUCACCAUCAUCAGCAGUCAAUCAAAAUUAUUGGAAAUCUACAUCAUCUUAUUCAUCAGCAAUCAAUCCAAAUUAUUGGAAAUCAAAAGGGGGAGAUAAUAACAAACCAACAACGACACCAACAAUAACUCAACAAAAAUCACAACUUGAAAAAUUGUUUGAAUCAAUUGCUAUUGAAAAAAGAGAAAGUAAAAUAUUGGACGAAAAGUUAUUUAAUCUUGUUCAAGAUUGUGGAAGAAAUGAUCUAAUCGAUAAAUAUUAUUCUCAAAAAUAA